AGCUGCCCCCCAGGCAUGCCCAGCCCACUGCAUCACUCACACCUGGAAAGCUCCCCGCCCAGCCCAGUUUAGAGGGGGAUAAAAGGGGGAGCUGCACCUCCUGGGGUAGCAGAGCCGCCCACCGUGUCCCUCCGAGCUCCGUUCUGUUCUCUCGGGCACCUCCGGACCCGCUAGCGCCUGGCCUUCGUGCCCGCCCGAACGCAGCCGUCAUGUCUCGCCAGUCUAGUGUCUCUUUCCGCAGCGGAGGCAGCCGCUCCUUCAGCGCCGCCUCCGCCAUCACCCCGUCGGUCUCUCGCACCAGCUUCAGCUCUGUGUCCCGGUCCAGGGGCGGCGGGGGCAGCCGGGUCAGCCUUGGGGGAGCUUAUGGAGGGGGUGGCUUCGGCAGCCGGAGCCUCUACAAUCUGGGAGGCUCCAGGAAGAUUUCUAUCAGCACCAGUGGUGGCGGCUUCAGGAACCAAUUUGGUGUUGGCGCUGGAGGCGGCUAUGGCUUCGGAGGUGGAGCCGGCAGCGGAUUUGGUUUCGGCGCAGGCAUGGGGGGCGGCUUGGGGCUCGGCGGUGGAGCUGGUUUUGGCGGCGGCUACGGGGGCACCGGCUUCCCCGUGUGCCCCCCUGGAGGCAUCCAAGAGGUCACGGUCAACCAGAGCCUCCUGACGCCCCUCAACCUGCAAAUCGACCCCACCAUCCAGCGGGUGAGGACGGAGGAGCGCGAGCAGAUCAAGACCCUCAACAACAAGUUCGCCUCCUUCAUCGACAAGGUGCGCUUCCUGGAGCAGCAGAACAAGGUCCUGGACACCAAGUGGACGCUGCUGCAGGAGCAGGGCACCCGGCCCGCGAGGCAGAGCCUGGAGCCGCUGUUCGAGCAGUACAUCAGCAACCUCCGGAGGCAGCUGGACAGCAUCCUCGGGGAGCGGGGCCGCCUGGACUCGGAGCUGCGAGGCAUGCAGGACCUGGUGGAGGACUACAAGAAGAAAUAUGAAGAUGAAAUCAACAAGCGCACGGCGGCCGAGAAUGAGUUUGUGACUCUGAAGAAGGACGUGGACGCCGCCUACAUGAACAAGGUGGAGCUCCAGGCUAAGGUGGACGGUCUCACCGACGAGAUCAACUUCCUGAGAGCCUUCUAUGACGCGGAGCUGUCCCAGAUGCAGACCCACGUCUCCGACACGUCCGUGGUGCUGUCCAUGGACAACAACCGGCACCUGGACCUGGACAGCAUCAUCGCCGAGGUGAAGGCGCAAUACGAGGACAUCGCCCAGAGGAGCCGCGCCGAGGCGGAGGCCUGGUACCAGACCAAGUACGAGGAGCUGCAGGUCACGGCCGGCAGACACGGGGACGACCUGCGCAACACCAAGCAGGAGAUCGCGGAGAUCAACCGCAUGAUCCAGAGGCUGAGGUCUGAGAUCGACCACGUCAAGAAGCAGUGCGCCUCCCUGCAGGCGGCCAUCGCCGACGCCGAGCAGCGCGGGGAGCUGGCCCUCAAGGACGCGCGGGCCAAGCUGGAGGGGCUGGAGGACGCCCUGCAGAAGGCCAAGCAGGACAUGGCGCGGCUGCUCAGGGAGUACCAGGAGCUCAUGAAUGUGAAGCUGGCGCUGGAUGUCGAGAUCGCCACCUACAGGAAGCUGCUGGAGGGCGAGGAGUGCAGGCUGAGUGGCGAAGGCGUUGGACAAGUCAACAUCUCCGUGGUGCAGUCCACCGUGUCCAGCGGCUACGGCGCCAGUGGCAGCGGCGCAGGUGUGGGCGGCGGCAGCAGCUACUCCUACAGCAGUGGCCACGGGCUCGGAGGCGGCUUCAGUGCUGGCAGCGGCAUCGGCCUCGGCCUCGGGGGCGGCCUGGGCUCCGCCGGGGGCAGCGGUUCCUCCAUCAAGUACAGCAGCACCACCUCCAGCAGGAAGAGCUACAGGCACUGAGCCCCACCCCUGAUGCGUGGCCCCCAGCCCUGGACCCCCGCCUGGCUGCAGAGACCUCGGGGCAGGCGGCCUGCUCUGCCCUGGCCUCAGCUCCGUCCUGCUCUCUGCUUGGACCUGAGGCUGCCGAGGGCCCCUCCCUCCUCCUCUCUGUCCCGCUAGCUGUGCCCGAGCGCCCUUGUCACCAUCACAGGUGACCUCUGCCUCCCAACUGUCACUUUGUCAUAAGCAGGCACUCACUUUUGUACUAAAUUAGCAAUCUUUUCCUAGAGCGCUGAGUCUUAGUGUACAGCUCAGCGAUUUAUUUCUGUAAAACUCCCCGGGUUCUGCCGACAAAUUGAGCAACUUCUGUUUUAUGUCCCGUUGUCUCCCAGAGUCCUCAUCACACUGGUCCUGAUGACUCCCUUUGCUGUGCCUGUGAAAAUACAAGUGUCUGUUUCUGAGAUGGACAGAUUUGUAGCUCUGUGGUGGCUACAAAUUGUGGUUGCUUUCUCAUAUAUGCAAAAUAAAGCAGAUUUAUGAACUAA